GAUCUUCUUUUUUGGGGGCUUAGAUAACAGCUAUCUUUCUUCUUUCUUCUUCUUCUUCUUCUUCUUCGGCUUUUUUGGCAUUCUCAUUUAAAAGCCCAUAUGACUUAUUCACCGGCAACUGUCUUGGAUGCCACACGUCAGGCUCAAGCGAGAGACAUUAAUGCCCAUGUUUUAAGCGCCGUCGGCUGUCAAGGAACGGGCAAAUCCAGUCUAUUGAAUGCCAUUGCGGGAGAGUAUAUCUUUGCAACGGGAAGCGGUGGAGGCACCACACAAACGGUGCAGGGUGAAAUACGACGAUGGUAUACUUCAACAAGUCCCGACUAUUUCCAUUUAAUUGAUACCCCGGGUUUAGCCGAUUCAGUCGUCGAUCGCAACGCCAUCCAUGAAAUGACCCGUUACAUUCGAGGGCUGGAAAACGGUGUUAGUGCCUUUCUGUUGGUGCUGAGCAUCAACGAAAUCAGAUUGGAUGCUUUCACUCAGCAUAUGUUAGGCUUGUUGCAGGAAUUGCUUGGAAGGAAGUUUUGGAAAUUUGUGGUGCUUGUUUUCACUCAUGUGGAUGAAGAGGUAUAUGAUGAAAUGAGCGAACAUCGAGCUCAUAUUGAAGAUCCACAAGAGGGCUUCGUCGCCGAGUUGCGUCGUAUAUAUAAGCUUUCGUCCCGAUCGUUUGAUCCUCAGGUUAUUUUCACCUCCACUCGUAACGUACGAACCAGCCGACAUACCCAGCGUUACAUUGAAGAACUACGCAAAGCUGUCCUUAACUGCGAAUUGCAAAACGACAACAAGCGGUUUACUUGUCCACUGCUCCGAGAGGUUUUAAGCUUGAAGAACGAACAAGAGAAGCGUGAAUUCAUCAAACAGAGUCUUAGAGAAGCUUGGAAAUCACUGGCCUUCACUCCUUGUCGUUUACAAUAAAAAAAUAAAUAUAAAAAAAUGACUAGGAAAGGGAAUAUUUUUUUUUUUUUCGCUGUGGUUUCGCUUCCUCUUGAAAAUCAAAGCUUUUCAUUGGAUAUACGAAAAUGAACCCUUGGCAUAAACCGAUUCAAAUGACACAUCCAC